UUUCCAUUCCUCUCUCUCUCUCUCUCUCUCUCUCUCUCUCUCUCUCUCUCUGGUUUUGCUUGCCAAUGCUCGCUCACUCUUCCUUCCAAAUUACACGAUCCACAGAACAAGCAAACGCAGAAGCCACUAAAGAUCGUUCUUCGCUUUCUCUCUUCUUCUUCUUCGUCGUCGUGUUGUGAAUUGCUUGAAUUCGACCGGAAAACGUUGGCGGCGAUCGGAGCCGAAUGGAAUCGGAGCAGUUGAUAAGGACGGGGAGCGGCUCUCGCUACUUCCAAAUGCAAUCGGAGCAUCCGAAUUCCUUCUCCUUCUCUCUCCGUCCCGAGCCGACUCGGAUUUUUGAUCAGCUUCCCAAGGCCACCAUCGUCCAAGUCUCGCGCCCCGACGCCGGCGAUAUCAGUCCCAUGCUCCUCUCCUACACAAUCGAGUUUCAAUACAAACAGUUUAAGUGGCGGUUGUUGAAGAAAGCUGCACAUGUGUUUUACUUGCAUUUCGCGUUGAAGAAACGUGCAUUUAUUGAGGAAAUGCUCGAGAAGCAAGAACAGGUUAAAGAAUGGCUUCAAAAUCUAGGAAUAGGAGAUCACACAGCUGUGGUGCAAGAUGAUGAUGCCGAUGAUGAUGCCGAUGAUGAGGCUGUUCCUUUACAUCACGAUGGAAGUGCUAAAAACAGAAAUGUUCCAUCUAGUGCUGCUCUGCCAAUCAUUCGGCCAGCCUUGGGAAGGCAGGAGUCCAUUGCUGACAGAGCAAAGAUCGCAAUGCAAGGGUAUCUGAAUCACUUUCUAGGAAACAUGGACAUUGUUAACUCCAGAGAGGUAUGCCGAUUUUUGGAGGUAUCUAAAUUAUCAUUUUCUCCAGAAUAUGGUCCCAAGCUAAAAGAAGACUACGUGAUGGUAAAGCAUCUACCAAAAAUUCAGAAGGAUGAGGAUUCCAGGAAAUGUUGUCCUUGUCAAUGGUUGAAUUGUUGCAAUGACAACUGGCAAAAGGUUUGGGCUGUAUUAAAGCCUGGAUUCUUAGCCUUGCUGGCAGAUCCUUUCGAUACUCAACCUUUAGAUAUUAUUGUUUUUGAUGUCCUACCAGCCUCAGAUGGGAAUGGAGAGGGCCGAGUAUCGUUGGCGAAAGAAGUAAAAGAACGAAAUCCUUUACGCCAUGCAUUCAAGGUUACAUGUGGAAGUCGGAGUAUUAGGUUAAGAGCUAAGAGUAGUGCUAAAGUCAAGGACUGGGUUGCUUCAAUUAAUGAUGCUGGACUGCGGCCUCCUGAGGGAUGGUGUCAUCCUCACCGCUUUGGAUCUUUCGCGCCUCCAAGAGGUUUGAGUGAAGAUGGUAGUUGGGCUCAGUGGUUUGUUGAUGGUCAGGCUGCAUUUGAAGCUAUUGCUUCUGCAAUUGAGGAUGCAAAAUCAGAGAUAUUUAUUUGUGGCUGGUGGCUGUGUCCAGAAUUGUAUCUACGACGUCCUUUCAGUGCUCAUGCUUCUUCUAGGCUUGAUGCUUUAUUGGAAGCAAAGGCUAAGCAAGGAGUUCAGAUUUACAUUCUUCUGUACAAAGAAGUUGCUCUUGCUUUGAAAAUAAACAGCGUCUAUAGCAAGAAAAGGCUGCUUAGCAUUCAUGAAAAUGUCAGGGUACUGCGUUACCCCGACCACUUUGCUAGUGGUGUUUACUUGUGGUCCCACCAUGAAAAAAUUGUCAUUGUUGAUUACCAGAUAUGCUUUAUCGGAGGAUUGGAUUUAUGCUUUGGCCGUUAUGAUACAGCUGAGCACAAAGUGGGUGAUUGUCCACCUCUGGUAUGGCCUGGAAAGGACUAUUAUAACCCAAGGGAAUCUGAACCAAAUUCUUGGGAAGACACAAUGAAAGAUGAGUUAGAUCGUGAAAAAUAUCCUCGUAUGCCUUGGCAUGAUGUCCAUUGUGCCUUGGAGGGACCUCCUUGCCGUGACAUAGCCAGGCACUUUGUUCAGCGCUGGAACUAUGCAAAGAGAAAUAAAGCUCUAUAUGAGCAAACAAUUCCACUACUCAUGCCUCAGCAUCACAUGGUCAUUCCACAUUACAUGGGAAGAAGCGAAGAGAUUGAGAUUGAGAAUAUAAAUGUGAACAAUCAUAAGGGAAUUAAAAGACAGGAUUCCUUCUCGUCCAGGUCCUCGUAUCAGGAUAUCCCCCUGCUUUUGCCUCAAGAGUCUGAUGGGGCGGGUGCUGCAAAUGGAGACCCAAAAUCAAAUGGGUUGAGCCCUUCUCCCAAUGGUCUUCCUUUUCCAUUCCGGAAGUCAAGAACUGGAGUAGUUGGUCCAGAGCUGCCAUUGACGGACUUUGUAGAUGACUUUGACAUGGUUCAUCGUGGAAAAUUAACUUCAGAUGGGGUGAAGCAACCUGGCAUGAAAUAUCCAGAUCCAGAGUGGUGGGAAACUCAAGAACGGGGAAAUCAGGGUGGUUUCACAGAUGAAUCUGGCCAAGUUGGUCCUCGUACUUCAUGCCGAUGUCAGGUUAUUAGAAGUGUCAGUCAGUGGUCUUCUGGAACAAGUCAAGUUGAAGAAAGCAUUCAUAAUGCUUAUUGCUCUCUUAUAGAGAAGGCGGAGCACUUUAUCUACAUAGAGAAUCAGUUUUUCAUAUCAGGUCUUUCUGGGGACGAAAUAAUACGGAAUCGUGUCUUAGAAGCAUUAUUUCGGCGUAUAAUGAGAGCAUACAACGAUAAGAAGUGUUUCAGGGUUAUUAUUAUCAUACCACUUCUUCCCGGUUUCCAGGGGGGUUUGGAUGAUGCCGGUGCUGCAUCCGUGAGAGCAAUACUGCACUGGCAAUAUCGAACAAUUUGCAGAGGAAACAAUUCGAUAUUAUAUAAUCUUUAUGAUCUUCUUGGUCCUAAAACACAUGAUUACAUUUCUUUCUAUGGGCUAAGAGCUUAUGGUAAGCUUUUUGAUGGUGGUCCAGUGGCAUCCAGUCAGGUCUAUGUGCAUAGUAAAAUCAUGAUUAUUGAUGAUUGUACAACUUUAAUUGGUUCAGCUAACAUUAAUGAUAGGAGUUUGCUUGGUUCAAGAGACUCCGAGAUUGGCGUACUAAUCGAAGACAAAGAGAUGGUUAAUUCAUACAUGGGAGGAAAACCAUGGAAGGCUGGGAAAUUCUCGUCGAGUCUUCGCCUGUCUUUGUGGUCUGAACACCUUGGGCUUCGUCCAGGAGAGAUUCGUCAAAUAAUCGACCCAGUUGCUGACUCAACUUACAAGGAUAUAUGGAUGGCAACUGCAAAGACAAACACAGCUAUCUACGAAGACGUAUUUUCUUGCAUACCUAACGAUUUUAUACAUUCCAGAGCUGCAUUUAGACAAAGCAUGGCUUCAUGGAAGGAGAAAAUUGGGCACACAACUAUCGAUUUAGGAAUCGCGCCGGAGAAGCUGGAUUCUUACCACAACGGAGAUGUUACAAAAGCAGACCCGAUGGAAAGGUUAGAGUCCGUCAGGGGACACCUUGUUUCUUUCUCUUUGGAUUUCAUGUGCCAAGAAGAUUUAAGACCUGUGUUCAAUGAGAGUGAGUAUUAUGCGUCUGCUCAGGUUUUUCAUUGAGCUUGCGUAUAUUAAUUCAUCAUAUGGAGUAGUUAUCUAAGGUCAUGUUUAUUGUUUUGGGUGGCCUCAAUCUUGUAUUUUAACUGCAUUUUCUUUCUUUCUUUCAUUUAUUCUUUCGUUUUGUAGAUUUUUCUUGAAAUAUAUAAAAUUAAAAAUAGAGAGAACUAUACAAAGAGAUUGUUUGGGGAACAAUAGUCCUUGUAAACUUGAAAUAAAGCGAAACAAAGUGGUAUUUACUACUGUU